AACACAUUCUAAUCAACUUGUGCCAAGCUUGACUUCAAUUCAAGUUUUAAGAAACUUUGGACAAAACUCUUAUUUUCGGAUUUGCAACUUUUUAGUCGAUUCAGUCGGACCUGUUUGUAGCCAUUAGACAAGGAUUAAGAUUAAGGAUAGGAGAUAGAUGGGCUUCAAUUCUGCAGAAAAACCCUGUCAGAAUUUACCUUCAACAGGCCCAUCCUCGCAGUGCGUAACAGCAAACUCUAUCCAGACUCGAGAGUCAUCAGUCUCAGGUAACGUGCAGUUCCAGCUCAUUAGAAGCCGGAAUAGCUCCUGUUUAAAAAAAAAAAAAGUCUUACCAUAAUGUAAGUACAAACAUUGAAAUGCGUGAAUAACCAAUCUGCCUAGCCUAAUUUGCAAUAUAGUUCUUUCUUCACGAGAUUGGUUAAGAACUUAUGAUUGUGUAGCUUAGUUGUUUCUUUGUAGUGGACUAAUUCAAGAUUCCAAAAAUUUUUUGUUGGGUUUUCUUGAGUUGCAUUUCUUUAGUCCCCCUUUCUAUAAAUUUCGGAAUAGCACAAUUAGGAAUUAGUCAAUCUUUCGUGGGGACAAGUUUGCAGAAAGAUAAUAAUACUGACAUUUUCUGUUAGCUUGUUAUCCAAACCAAGCUUCAGGUCUCCCAGUUUUCUUUAUUCUAUUACUUCAACAUCAACAUACAUACUAUAAUAUUGAUAGUCAACAUUGAUGGAAAAUUGAGAAGCUAUCUCGUUGCCAAGAAAAUAAAAAAAGAAGUUAUGCAGUUGCUGUAGUGAUAACAUAUUUCAUUUUUUGAAAUGAAACAUUCAAAUAGUACUGUAAGUUUCAAAGAAAUAGCAGGAGUGGUUGGAGAGAGCAACAAUGGCAAGUAUUCACAUUAUAUGAAAUCAUCUGAUUGGAGUUGACCUGCAAUCUAACCCUUGUCUGCCUCUCCUUUCCCCUGUCUAUCAGCUUUUCUCACAGUAAUUUCAUGUCGAAAAUGAGAGACACGGGUUUGGAAUUUCCUGUCAAGCUAUACAUGUUAUGCGGCCUCUCUUUUUGCCUGUCUCAUGCUUUAGAGACCCUUAGACCAAUAGAGAAAUUGUACAACAAUGAAACUUUAGUCUCUGCAGGUGAGGUGUUUGAACUAGGUUUCUUUGCUUCAAGUGAGAUGAGCAAUCAUUAUUUAGGAAUUUGGUUCAAAAAGGAUAAGACAAAGAAGGCAGUAUGGGUUGCAAAUCGAGACAAUCCCUUGAUAGAUUCUUCUGGGUUUCUUAAAAUUUGGUCAGAUGGAAACAUGAUGAUGUCAGAUUCAAGGAUGCAACCUAUCAUGGUAAAUAUAGGUUUCUCGGCAACAAGUAGUAAUACUAGUGCAACACUUCUUGAUUCUGGAAAUCUGAUCCUGAUGCAGGGAGAAAAGAUUGUAUGGCAGAGUUUCGAUAGUCCAACUGAUACAUUUUUGCCUGGAAUGAAAUUAGGUUGGUUUGACAUGGAUACAGAUCAACCAAGAAGAAGGUUCCUUUUGUCAUGGUUUAGCCCAUAUGUGCCGGCCAGUGGCUCAUUUGCUGUUGGCCUAAAUGCUGCUAAUAAGUCAGACUUCAGUCUGUUUCACCACCGUACCCGUAUAAAAGAGAUUGGCUUUUGGGAUGGCCAUAACUUCAGAUUCAUAUUUGAAAGCUCUUCAGAUAAGUAUAACUUCAGCUUUGUGUCAAAUGACAAGGAAGUUUACCUUAAUUUUGAUAAUAAAGGAAAUACCACAUCUUCAUGGUUUGUUUUGAGUUCAACUGGGGAAAUCAACGAGUACACAAUGACAAAACAAGGGAUUGCAAUGGUGAAUCAUUCUUUAUGUGAUGGUGUAUCAGCAUUUAACUCUAAUGAUUGCUUGAUUGAGCUGCCACUGGACUGCAAACACGGAAACAUGUUCUCAGAAAUUAAAGGUUUGAUGCCUAUUUCAAUGAACAGGACCUCCUCUAGCCGCUGGAGUCUUGGUGAUUGUGAAAUAAUGUGCAGGAGUAAUUGUUCAUGUACUGCAUUUGCUUCUCUAGAAGAUGCUGGAAUCAGAUGUGAACUGUAUUAUGGAGACAGAGAGGAUCUUGUAAGCGUCAUAGGGAAAGGAAAUAACAUUAUCUAUAUUCGAGGCAGGGCUUCUUCAGAUUCUGGUAACCAACAAACAAGGAAGCUAUGGUGGGUAAUAGCAGUUCCAGUAAUCUCAGUGAUAAUGAUAGUUCUGAUUUCCUUGUAUUUUGUACGACGGACAAAACGCAACCGUAUAGAGGCAAAUAGGAGUCCUGGCACCAUUAAGGAUACAGCAGGAUUGCUAACAUUUCGGUCAACUUCUGAUACCCCAAGUACUGAAGAUGGUCGGACAGAUGUUGAAUUGCUAUUGAUAGGCUUUUCUUGUAUAGCAAGGGCAACAAAUAACUUCUCUGCCGCAAAUAAAAUUGGAGAGGGUGGUUUUGGACCUGUAUACAUGGGCAAGUUAUCAGGAAAGGAAAUUGCAGUAAAAAGACUUUCUACAAGCUCAGGACAAGGGAUAGAGGAGUUCAAAACUGAAGUACAAUUAAUUUCUAAGCUUCAGCACGUAAAUCUUGUCAGGCUUUUAGGUUGCUGCAUUGAACAAGAAGAGAAGAUAUUAAUCUAUGAGUACAUGCCCAAUAAAAGCUUGGAUUCCUUCAUUUUCGAUCCUGUAAAGCGUAGAUUUUUAGAUUGGAUGCAGCGCAAACACAUUAUUGAAGGGAUUGCACAAGGACUUCUUUAUCUUCAUAAGUAUUCAAGACUAAGAAUUGUACAUAGAGACCUGAAAACUAGCAACAUAUUGUUGGAUAGUCAUAUGAAUCCCAAGAUCUCAGAUUUUGGUAUGGCGAGAAUUUUCUCCGAUAAUGAAUCAAGAACAAAAACAAAGAGGGUUGUUGGAACAUAUGGUUAUAUGUCUCCCGAGUAUGGAGUGCAUGGCCUUUUCUCUACCAAAUCUGAUGUCUACAGUUUUGGAGUCAUUUUGAUUGAGAUUGUGAGUGGCAGAAAAAACACUUCCUUUUAUGAGUUUGAUAACUCCUCGACUUUGGUAGGACAUGCUUGGGAACUCUGGAAUGCUGGAAGGUGCAUAGAGUUGAUGGAUCCAGUAUUGGCCGAUUCAUUUUCGGUAGAUGAGCUUAUGCAAUGUAUUCAAGUUGGUCUCCUUUGCAUACAAGAUAAUGCAGAAGACCGACCAACCAUGGCGGAUAUCGUUACAAUCCUCAGCAAUGGAGGAGCAGUGUUGCCUAAUCCGAAAAAGCCUAUAUUUUCUACUCAGUUACGUGUUGAUUGCCCCUCAAGUAGGCACACGCCUUCUCUAAAUUUGUCAACCUUUUCAGACAUUGAAGCUCGAUAAUAGCAUGGAACUUGCUAAAAUAAAGAAUUUGAAGAGAGAAUGGUA